UCUCAUGAUAAAACCAAAAAGAAAUCAAUUAUUAUAAUUUAACAUUUAAAUAUGAAACCAUGCUCUCUUUUUCUACAUAGAUAAAUAGCUUCUUGAAACAUACUGCACAAUUGGAAGAUCGUACACCAUAUUCUAUUCAAAGUCUAUAAAAGAGAGACUUCAAAAAAGUUCAUUUCUUUUCUCUCCUCUGCCCCAAUUUUCUUCUUCUUCUUCUUCUUCUUCUUCUUCUUCAUAAAUUGAUUCACAUGGGAAAAUUGCAAGAAAAUCAGCCUGGAUCUCAGAAUGGUUGUUGCAGAGCGAUCAUGGAAGAAGAUUUUGAAGCAUCAAUGGAGUCUUCCAUGGAGUUCAGUUCUGAAAUUUCUGAUGCAUCUUCUUCAUUGGACAUGGUAGAAGAAGAUGUCCUGUCUCCAACCUCAAAUUCUUCAUUAUCUUCCUCUUCUUCUAAUGGGCCUUUUUAUGAAUUAUCAGAGCUGAUGGCCCAUCUUCCUAUGAAGAGAGGGCUUUCUAAGUAUUAUGAUGGGAAAUCAGAGUCCUUUACAUCUCUAGCAAGUGUGGUGAGAUUAGAGGAUUUGGCUAAGAGGGUGUCUCCAAUUAGAAAGAAGAUGAAAUCAUGUAAGAGUUUUGGAGGAGGUUUUGAUGCACAUAAAUCCAUAAUUCCAAGGGCCACCAUAGCCAAGAAAGCUUCAAGAUCAAGACGGAAAACUAGUUUGCUCUCUGGUUCUAGGUCUGCAAUUUCUGUCAAUGGGAACUGAUUAAUUAUUUGCUUAACAGUUAACACCCUUAUUAAACUCGAUAAUUUUCAUUCAAGCCCAUCUUAAUUUUCCCACUUUUUUAUUCAAUUUUGUGACAUAACCUGUAGUUUUAACCUCCAGUUGUACGUUAUUCCUUUUUUCAUGUGAGUCUCUUAAUCAAAGCUUUUGCAAUUCUUGAUCA